GCCACCAAAAGGAGAGAAGUGUGACGUUGCAGAAAGGGGGCAGUCCGUGGUCAGAAGUCUGCGCUCCCAUUCAUGCAGAGAGUCUAACGUUAGCAGUCCCCGCCGACAUCCUCGUCAAAACAGAAAACUCUGCUCUCCCAGACUGACAGAAACCGUCGUGACCCUGCACAGUAGCAGCCACCAUGGCAGAAGCUCACCAGGCGGUGGCCUUUCAGUUCACUGUCACCCCAGAUGGCAUCGACCUACAGCUGUGCCACGAGGCUCUACGCCAGAUCUACCUUUCUGGCCUUCACUCCUGGAAGAAAAGGUUCAUUCGCUUUAAGAAUGGGGUGAUGACUGGUGUGUACCCAGGCAGCCCGGCCGGUUUCAUGGUAGUAGUUGUGUCCUACAUGUCUUACAAUAAAUAUAAACAGCUGGAUCCAUCUCUUGGGCUAAUUGCCAAGCUGGGACAACACAUACCCAUCAGUCGAUAUAUGUCCACAGAUAGCCAGAAGAUUGUCGGAGGAGUUCUGGUGGGCACAGGCCUGUGGGUCACCAUUAUCAUGAUUAUGAGGAAUGUCCUAAAGUCCCUGCUGUCGUGGCAUGGCUGGAUGCAUGCACGCCAUGGCUCUGUGUCCUGGUCGACUCGUGUGUGGAUGGUACUAGUGAAGGUGUUCUCUGGCAGGAAGCCAAUGCUCUACAGUUUUCAGAACUCCCUGCCCCGACUACCUGUUCCCUCGGUCAAGGACACCUGCAGAAGGUACUUGGAGUCAGUGCGCCCACUGAUGGAUGAUGAGCAGUUUGAAAGGAUGAAGGGCUUGGCUAAAGACUUUGAAAAGAAUCUGGGACCCAGACUGCAGUGGUACCUCAAACUCAAGUCCUGGUGGGCAUCAAACUAUGUCAGUGACUGGUGGGAAGAGUAUAUUUACCUGAGAGGCCGUGGACCCAUCAUGGUGAACAGCAACUAUUAUGCCAUGGAUUUCCUGUAUGUGUUCCCCACCUCCAUCCAGGCUGCCAGGGCAGGUAAUGCCAUCCAUGCUAUCAUGCUCUACAGGAGAAAACUGGACAGAGCUCAGAUCAAACCAAUAUACUUGCUGGCGAACAAGGUUCCUCUGUGUUCGGCUCAGUGGGAGCGAAUGUUUAACACCUCCCGCGUCCCUGGUGUGGAGACAGACACUCUGCAGCACAUGAACGAGAGCAAACACAUAGCUGUGUACCAUAAGGGCCGUUUCUACAAGGUGUGGAUGUUUUAUGAUGGCCGGCUGCUGUUGCCACGGGAGAUAGAGCAGCAAAUGGAGAGGAUCUUGGCCGACACGUCUGAGCCCUCACCAGGAGAGGAGAAACUAGCUGCACUUACUGCAGGGGAGAGGACCCCUUGGGCAAAGGCCCGUGAGAUGUACUUCAGCCGGGGCAAGAACAAGCUCUCUCUGGAUGCCAUCGAGAAGGCAGCCUUUGUUGUGACCCUUGAUGACACUGAGCAGCGUUACAAAGAAGCCAACCCAGUCAAGUCUCUGGACAGUUAUGCCAAGUCCCUCCUCCAUGGGAAAUGCUAUGACAGGUGGUUCGAUAAGUCCUUCAAUCUGAUAGUUUUCAAAAAUGGCACCAUGGGACUAAAUGCAGAGCAUUCCUGGGCAGACGCUCCAAUCGUUGGCCAUCUGUGGGAGCACGUUCUCUCCAUGGACCCUCUGAAGCUGGGAUAUAAUGAGGAUGGUCACUGCCGUGGGGCUCCUCAUCCCAACCUGCCUGGUCCUCAGAGGCUGCAGUGGGAGAUCCCUGCUGAGUGCCAGGAGGUCAUCGAGGCCUCUCUGACAGUCGCCAGGACUCUGGCAGAUGAUGUGGACAGUCACAUUUUCCCCUUCAGUGACUUUGGAAAGGGGCUGAUCAAGAAGUGCCGCACCAGUCCUGAUGCCUUCAUCCAGAUCGCCCUGCAGCUGGCCCAUUACAGAGACAAAGGAAAGUUCUGCCUGACCUACGAAGCCUCCAUGACGCGCUUGUUCCGUGAGGGUCGAACAGAAACCGUGCGCUCCUGCACCAUGGAGACUUGUGCCUUUGUUCGCUCCAUGAUCAGAGAUGAAACCAUUGAGGAGCGUCUGAAGUUGCUCAAACAGGCAGCAGAGAAACACCAAAACAUGUAUCGCCUGGCGAUGACAGGAGGUGGCAUCGAUCGCCACCUCUUCUGUCUCUAUGUGGUUUCCAAAUAUCUGGGAGAGGACUCAGCCUUCCUCAAGGAGGUGCUUUCUGAGCCGUGGAGGCUGUCCACCAGCCAGACGCCUCUGCAGCAGGUCGAACUGUUUGACCUGGUCAGACACCCAGAAUACGUGUCUUCCGGAGGUGGAUUUGGUCCAGUUGCUGAUGAUGGUUAUGGUGUCUCCUACAUCAUUGUUGGUGACAACCUCAUCAACUUCCACAUCUCCAGCAAACACUCAAGUCCAGAAACUGACUCGCAUCGUUUUGGUGGCAACAUCAGACAGGCCAUGGUGGACAUACUGGCUCUCUUCCAGCUCGACAAGAAAGAUAUCAAGUGAUGAUCGUCUUUAUUGGUGGAAAAAACAAAAGAAACAGUUUUAGUAAAGCAUAUAUUCUUCCUGAAGCUUGUACAGAAUCAAUUGUUGGGUUUGGGGUUAUUUUUAAGUUAAUUGAUGUUACAGAAAUAAGAAUGAUUGAGAGGUGUUUGGAAACAUUGCUGUCAAUAUGUUUGUAAGGCGCUUAUGUGUACUGUAUGUGUAGGCAAGGUGAGAUUCUGGUGGUGUUGGUUACAGGCAGCGCACAGAUCAAAGUUUUUAUUUAUAGGACUGUAUGCAUCAGUGCCUUAGUGACCCACUAAUGUAAAAAAAAGGGCAGAAAGGGAGGAGAAGAUUCUCGUUUGGGAUCAAGUCUGUAUUAGCAAAGUGAAAGACAUUUCAGCUAAAGGUUUGUUCAGUAGCAUCAUCCAUUAUCUGAAUCACGUUUUAAGAUGUGAGACGGUGCAAUAUUUUCUUUAGUUUCUGUCCCUGUCCUCUCUCUAGUUACUUCUAAUCUCCAGCUGCAGCUCCUGAGUCACAUGUAACUGAACAAAGCAGCAAACUUGAUGUUAAAAAUAUUGUCAACAAAUGGCGUGUUGCAGAGCGUCCAUUAAUUGAAGAGUUGUAUCCACUAAUCUCAUACUUAAAGAAAAGAUGAUAAAUAUUCAGCUUUGAUUUAAAAACACAGACACAGAAGAAGUUGUUGCUCCUGUCUAAUCAAUGGAUCCCCAUUGCCUUUCAGAUUCAAGUGCACAACCAGUGUAUCUAUUCGGUUUUAGCUGCUAUGAUUUUAGGAUGUAGCGUCGAAGGCAGAUGACGUUUGCGCGUGUGUGUUUGUCGUUUUCAUACUCAGGUUUUGCUAACUUGGCCUGGUAUCGUAGGGUGCUUGCUGCAUUGAAAAAAAUAGCGCUUAUGCUGGCAUGUACACGUGCAACAGUAGAAGAAGUUGAAAUGCAGUACAAUGCCAAGUGACCCCAAUGGGCUGGUAGGUAGUUAGCGUGAGGUUUGCCGUGGAUGCGAGGAGUGUGUGUUUCUGUUGGUACAAAUCAAUAAAAAAAACAAAAAAAUAUCGGGUUAACUAUACUCAGACUCUGUUGUUCACUCCAUGACUGGCCCAAUAGUUCAAACUAACACGAAUAUAACUACCUUGGUAGCCUUGUGUCACAUAAAGAUGAAUUGUAAACAUUUAUGAGCAGUCUGUCAGGUUGUCAAGUACAACAAAGUGGUGUUGCAGCUGUUUUCGCCUAGUCGAGGUGAGGUGCCGUGUCGUGGGUGGUUGGUUUCACCAGUACAGUACGAAAAUCAUUUUUCUCUUGUAGUUGUUCUUAAGAAGGGCAGUUACAGAGGGCUGGCCAUGCAUCGGAAUGCAAUUUUAUGUAUAUGUUGUCAUUUCAUCAUAUUUAUUUUUUCUGGAUUUUAACCUGGUUGUUCACGCACAACGUUGCAUAUUUACUGGCUGAAUGUGGCGAAUAAUAAGCUCUAGGUUAAAGCUUUGCUCAUUUGAAAAACGGACAAAAAUGUUUCCUUCUUUUAUUCUUUUUUUUUCUUGACGUUUAUUAUCACAGACUUCUUUGCCAGUAUGUUGUAGUUGUAUGACUUUUUAUCUCGGUAGAUCUCAUGUUUACACUGCUGCAUGUUUUUCAAGAUUAAGCUGUAUAUGUUUGCCUUUAAUUUAAAGAUGUGUUAAAAAAAAAAAGAAAAGUAAAAAACGACAACCAGCUGAUAUACCAAACCAAGUUUUAACAAUAAAGUGAAUGUCAUACAGCUGCGUCA